AUGGCGCCCUCCGUCGUAAUGAUAGACACCUCGGACGACUUCUUCGCGGCCCCGGUGGCGACACAGACGAAGCGAACUCUCCUCCUGGCGCCGCCGUCUCUCGCCUCUCACCCUUCCGCGCUCACAAACGUCGUGUCUCAAUAUGAUCGCUCUGCUACAGAUCUCCAAAUGAUCGACCGGUUGUCAGCUGGUCUCGUCAAGCUGCCAUCUGCCACAUACGACCUCGUCCUCGUCCUCGCCGAUGCGUCUUCCUCUCUCAACGAGACCCUUCCCCUCUUGACCCGAAGCAUCCUCGGUCCCAUCGCAGAGUCGCUCAAGCCCAAGGGGCGAUUGCAGUCGCAGGAUGGCUCAGACCUCGGCCAAAACGCCGUUCUGGCAAAGGAAGCCGUCUUGGCGGGCUUGGUUGCGUCAACUGGGGGCUUUGACAAGCCUGACUAUGGCGACGGAGAAGGCGUAGUUUCUCUUAAGCUGGGGAGCCGAAAGAAGAAGGUCGAGGCCCCGCCCGUGCAGAAGAUUGAAGUCAAGCCUGUCGCCCCUGCUGGCGUCGGCUUCAUCGACUUCUCUGACGAUCUCGACGCCGAUUACGAUGAUGACGAGCUCAUCGACGAAGACACUCUCAUGACCGAAGAUGACCUCAAGCGACCCAUCAAUAUCCGUAUGCUCUACCCCACAUAUAAACCUGCUUCGAAACUCACAGACACUAACUUGCUCGUGAAAACAGCUCCCGAAUGCCAGCCCAAAGCCGGUAAGCGCCGCCGCGCCUGCAAGGACUGCACCUGCGGCCUCGCCGAACGCCUCGAAGCUGAAGACGCCGCCAAGCGCGCAGCCGCCGACAAGGCCCUCCAGAGCGUCAAGCUCGCCGUCGACGACCUCACAGAGGUUGACUUCACCGUCCAGGGCAAGGUGGGCUCCUGCGGCAACUGCGCUCUGGGCGACGCUUUCCGCUGCGAUGGAUGCCCUUACAUUGGGCUCCCGCCGUUCAAGCCCGGCGAGGAGGUCAGGCUGCUGAACAACGAGAUUCAGCUGUGA